AUGGCAUCUCCAAUCUCCAAGAAGAAGUGCGGUGUUCUCGGUGCCACUGGCUCCGUUGGUCAACGUUUCAUCCUCCUCCUCGCCGAUCACCCCCUUCUCGAACUCCAUGCCGUCGGUGCCUCUGAGCGCUCCGCAGGCAAGAAGUACAAGGAUGCUGUCCGCUGGAAGCAGUCAUCUCCCAUGUCGGAGAAGCUCAGCAACUUGGUUGUGCGUGAUUGCAAAGCCAAGGAGUUUGCGGACUGCGACCUUGUCUUCUCUGGCUUGAACAGCGACAUUGCUGGCGAGACUGAGAUGGAAUUCAUGAAGGCCGAAAUCCCCGUUUUUUCCAACGCAAAGAACUACCGCAAGGAUCCCAUCGUUCCUCUCGUCGUCCCCACCGUGAACCCCUCCCACAUGGACCUGAUUCCUCACCAGCGCCAGCAUUUCGGCCUGAAGAAGGGUUUCCUGGUCUGCAACUCUAACUGCGCCGUCAUUGGUGUUGUCAUUCCUUUCGCUGCCCUGCAGGCCAAGUUCGGCCUGGUCGAGGAAGUGGAGGUCUUCACAGAGCAGGCUCUUUCCGGCGCCGGUUACCCCGGUGUGCCCAGCAUGGACAUUAUCGACAACGUCAUUCCCUACAUCAGUGGCGAGGAAGACAAGCUGGAGAAUGAGGCCCAGAAGAUCCUCGGUGGCCUGAACGCUGAUGCCACCGGAUUCAAUGAGCAGGCUGGUCUCCGCAUUGGCGCCACCUGCACCCGUGUUGGUGUCACCGACGGUCACAUGGCAUUCGUGUCAUUGCGUUUCAAGAACCGCUCCGCUAUCCCCAGCGCGGAAGAGGUUGCUCAGGCCCUCCGUGAAUACAAGUCCGAGGCCCAGAAGCUUGGUGCACCCUCGGCACCCGCAGAGGCUAUUAAGGUCUUCGAUGAGCCCGAUCGCCCGCAGCCCCGCCUGGACCGUGACAUCAACAGAGGAUACACUGUCAGCGUUGGGCGCGUUCGUGAGGGAGCCAAGGGCGGAUUCUUUGACAUCCGCUUUGCUGCUCUCUCUCACAACACAGUCCUUGGCGCUGCCGGAUCAUCGAUCUUGAACGCCGAAGUGGCCAUCAUCAAGGGUUACAUCUAA